AUAUGGCGGGGGUGGGCGGGGACAAGAGCUUUGGAAACCCGCUCUAGCCCGGGGUGAAAGGGCGCGGCCGCGGGGCGGAAGUGACGAGUGCUGCGGGGCGGAAGUGCUGCGGCUGGCGGGAUAGCAGGGGCGGCCCACAUGCUCAGGUACCCUAGGAGUGACACACAGCUCUAGGGCAGGCAGCAAGAGUGAGGAAGCAGGAUGUUGUCAAGGCCAAAGCCUGGAGAGUCUGAAGCAGAUCUGCUGCGAUUUCAGAAUCAGUUCCUGGCAGCAAGGGCUUCCCCGGCAGUGAAGGUUGUGAAGAAAGCAGACAAGAGGCGAGGAGCUGGUGGCAGUGGAGAUGAGGAGAGACCCCCACUGCAGGACAGCAGGGAUGUGGUGUUACUAGACGACUUUCCUGAUGUGCUCCCGGCCCUAACUCCAGCACCCCCAAAGAAGUCCAAGUUCAAAAAUGCCUGUGUCCGCUUUGAUGAUGAGGAUCCAGAGGAGCGAUUGGAGUGUCAUGAUCGACACAUCACGGCAGUCUUCAGCAAAAUCAUUGAACGAGACACAAGCGUGGCAGCUGUGACCAUGCCAGUGCCCACUGGAGACCCGUUUCCCAGAGCGUUUCACCGGUCUGAAAUAAAAAAUGAGGUGAAGGUGGAAUCUGGAAGAAAAAGUAUCUUUGCACAGAAGAUAGCUGCUAAGAGAGCAGCUGAAGAGGCUGUGACAGCUCCACCUGCUGUUGAGACUAGGCAUACACACAGAAAAUUAGCAGUUCCAGGUGCCAUCUGUUCCCCUGGAUCAGCAGAGGAGGAGCCACUCCACAGCACUAAGGAUAGCAAACCUGAUGAUGAUGUGAGCAUUCUGCGACCUCGUAUCAUAACUGGAGAGGGUCUUGGAAGCUUGGAGAGUGAGCGGGAAGCUCUGGCUAUCCAUGAGGAGAACCUACAGAAGUUGCACUCCAUGACCCAGGAGGAGAUCCUACAGGAGCAGAGGAGGCUGCUGGUUCAGCUGGAUCCCAGCUUAGUUGCUUUCUUAAAGUCACGACAUGGUGUUGACGAAGGCCAGGAGAGACGAGCGAAGCCUGGACAUCCAGAACCUGGGACUGAAUCUCAGCAUGGUGCAGAGGAGACUGUGAAGGAUUUCUCUGUAGGGGCGUCAGGCAUGGAGGAGUCUGUGCGGCCUGAAAAAGAUACAAGAAUGGAAAUCACAGAAGUUGACCUUCCCAUCAAGCCCCAGAAGGAAUGGAUCCACAUGAACAAUGUGGAGUUUGAGAAGCUAGAGUGGAUAAAGGAUCUGCCCCACCCCCGGCAGAGGAGAACCAAAAAGGGAAUGCAAGCACGAUUCAGUUUGAAAGGAGAAUUGAUUCCUCCCGAUGCAGAUUUACCUACUCAUCUUGGUCUACACCACCAUGGAGAAGAAGCAGAAAGGGCUGGUUACUCCCUCCAAGAGCUCUUCCACUUGUGCCGCAGUCAGAUCAUUCAGCAGAGGACAUUGGCACUACAGGUGCUAGGCCAUGUUGUCCAGAAGGCCAAGGCUGGGGAGUUUGCCUCCUCCCUGAAGGGUAGUGUCCUGCGCUUGCUGCUUGAUGCUGGAUUCCUCUUCUUGUUGCGCUUCUCCUUGGAUGAUACGGUGGAUAAUGUCAUUGCGGCAUCUGUCCGGGCUCUCCAUGCACUGCUGGUGUCCCCUGAAGAUGAGGAGUAUCUUGACCAGACUUUCUCAUGGUACCAGGGGAUGGCUGUGUUCCCCUUCACCCCCAGCAGUGAAGAGGAGGAGGAAGAGGAAGAAUUAACUCUAAUGGAAAAAACACGAGGGAAAAAAUCAAAGGUUGAAAACAAGCCAGAUCCAGAUGUGGCCCGGUAUGAUGUCAUAAAGGGGCUUCUGAAGACACAGUUUCUUCAUCGACUGAGGUACAUCCUUGAGGUGGUGCGACCAGUCCCUGCUGUAGUUCUGGACAUCCUGGAUAUUCUCACCCGGGUAGCAAGGCACUCCUCUGAAGCAUGCAGUCAGCUCCUGGCCUGUCCUCGGCUGAUUGAGACCAUCGUUAGAGAGUUUCUCCCUAUUCAGUGGGAUCCCCGGGUAGCUGAACCAGGCCACUUGCUCACCAGCCUCCAUGGCGUUGCGUGUGCCACCGCCAUGAAGUUAAUCAGAGUCCUGGCAUCUGGGGGGAGGAAUGCAACAGCCAGACUGCUUAAUAAAUUUGAGCUGAAGAGUCGACUGAGUCGGUUUAUAGCUGAAGAUCCCCAGGACCUGCCUCUGCACAGGGAGGAAGCCAUAAGGCUGAGCACUGAGGCUUUCCGGCUGUGGGCUGUGGCUGCUGGCUACGGUCAGUCCUGUGAUCUCUACAGGGAUCUCUACCCCGUGCUGGUGAAGAUUCUCCAGUCCCUGCCCCACUUGCUUAGUGAUUGCCAGGAAAACCCCACAUUUCCACUUUCCAUCCAGCGAGCUACAGCUGUGAUCACCCUGCUGACCCACGUGACUCAAACUGCAGGCUGCACGGCAGAGCUGCAGGCCCGGCUCAGCAGCAGUGGUCCAGGAGAUGGAGAACAGAUUCCUCCUCCACCAGUCACCUGGAAUCAGGUGUCAGGCCUGAGACCCUUCCUGGAGACCAAUCUGAGGAGGUCUGUCCAGGAAAUAUCCCGGCUGGAGACCUGGCAAGCUCUCCAGCCUCUUACAACAACAUACAUCAUCUACUUGGGGGUUUACUACAGCGUUUGCAGCCAACAGCCGUCACUCAAUCCAAUUGACUGCCUGGAGGAAGUAGAGCAUUUGACAUCUGAGGUGCUGCUGCCUCUCCUCAGCCAGCCUGCCAUGCACAGAAUGUGGGAUCUGCUCAGGCCGUGCUCUGCUCUAUGCAAUCCCCUGUCCUGUUGCCCAGGACCAGAGUCUGUCCCCAGCAUUGUGUCUUUGAGUUGCACUGGAGGGAAACCCCAGAUGAGUUUAGUUGGCUCCAAGUCACCCUUCCCCUUCCUCACUGCCCUCCUCUUCCUCAUCAACAACGUCACCCAUAUCCACAAAGGGCUGGUCAGCAAGUACACCCCUGUGCUAGACUUCAAAGGUCUGAAGGACUAUCUGCUCCAGAGCUGGCCCACCGGACCUCCCUCCAUAACCUCUUCAUCUACCUGGAUCCUGCGGCAUGAAUACCAUCUGCAAUACUUUGUGCUAGCCUUGGCUCAGAAAAUGGCAGGUAUUUGUCCGGAUUACGCCCAGCAUGCCUCGCUCCAUCACUGUGUUGCCAUGGCAUUGUUAAGCCGUCUGUUGCCAGGGAGUGAGCAUCUGGCUCAUGAGCUCCUUUUGGGUCUCGCCUUUAAUCCAGAAUUCAUUCCAGAAGGGAAAACUGGAGGGCCAGAAGCAGUUGAUUUCUCCGAUAUCCUACAUCUGGGCACAAGCAUAAAGCUGGCACAGCCUGGCUCAGUGGCUGCAGGUUUCCCCAAACCCCGCCGCGGUGUGUUGCUGGGAGAAUCAUACCAGCAUCUCCCUUUCAUUCGUGCCUGUUACCUCUCUCAGUUUGUUCACUUGGAGCCUGCUCUUGCCCGUUCCCAGGUAGCCUACCAAGGACGAACUUACCUCGUCCAAUCGUUGCUGCUUCCUGAAGUCAAAGGGCCCAUCCUACCUUCUGAUUGGCCAUUCCUUCCUCUUAUCAGCCUCUACAACAAAGUGACCGGUGCAGAGACACGGGGGGCUGUACUGAACACUCUUCCACCUGAUCUAGUGAACACUGUGACCCGGAAUCUGCAGUGGGUCCUGCUCCUGGAAACGUGGCGUGCCAGAGUACUUCAGAACAUCCCAGCUGCUGCCAAACUGGCACGGCUUAUGUGUGUGUUCCUCACAGGUGGUGACCUGUUCCUGGAAGGACCUGUUCAUUGCUACACAGCUGCCCUUCUCGCUCUCUAUUGCCAACCCAAGGUCCUGGACUCCCUGGAAUUGGAUGCUCCUCUCCCUGGCUUGGCAUCAUUCCAUGACCUCUAUAUAAGUGUCCUGGAGCAGUUUGAAGGAGUCUCCUUCGGUGACCCCCUUUUUGGAGCCUUUGUUCUCCUCCCUUUGCAGAGGCGGUUCAGUGUUCAGCUGCGGCUGGCAGUUUUCGGGGAACAUGUGAGCACUUUGAGAGCCCUGGGAGUGCCACUCAAACAGUUUCCUGUGCCGCUGGAGCGGUACACCUUGCCUCCCGAGGACAACCUGAACCUCUUGAGACAGUAUUUCCGAACACUGGUCACUGGUGCGCUGCGUCAUGCCUGGUGCCCCGUUCUUUAUGCUGUGGCUGUGGCUCAUGUGAAUAGCUUCAUUUUCUCUCAGGAUAGCACAACAGAGGAGGCUGAUGCUGCUCGGAAAAGCAUGCUGCGGAGGACCUGGCUGUUGGUGGAUGAGGUAUUGAAAAAGCAUCUUCUCUACUACAAAGUGCCCAACCCAGAGAGCCCGAUAGGCGUCGACCUUUAUGAGCAGCUCCCUCCCAUUCGACUGAAGUACCUGCAAAUGGUGACCAAGAAAGAGCCCAAGGAGAACAUGCAGAUGUCGGAUCCAGAAUGAAGCAUCUCAGCAACAGGAGGACUGAGGGCUGGGAAAGGUCAUUUUAGACAAGCUGAUGGAAAAAAUUUAAGUGAACUCCAUGGGGUGCAAUGUUGCCUGGGCAUCCUUGCCAUAUUGGCAAAGGGAAAGGCAAAUAAACCCUUUCAGCACUGUGGCACAUCACAUGGCUUCUAAGGAUGUGGAUGACCUGUACGUGGCCUAGGUAUGUCUAGUGCUGGAACAUCCUUUUGGAUUCUGUCUGACUUGCUGCUGCUUGGGGCUGGAGAGUGCGAAAGAAACAUGCCUGUGUAGUGGAAUGUGAGUGCAGACUGAUUUAAUAAACUAAAUUAAGUGAAAUAAAGUUCAAUCCUUUCUGAUGGAAGUCUGAUUUUCUUAAUGU